CAAUGGGAACAGAAAAAAUUAUUUUAUUGCUGCAGAAGAAGUAUACUGGGAUUAUUCAAAAUUUGCACAAAGCGAGAUGGAUCAGGAAGACACUGACGAUAUUCCAGAGGGUACCAUAUACAAGAAAGUGGUUUUUCGAAAGUAUCUUGAUAGCACUUUCACCAAACGUGAUCCUCGGGGGGAGUAUGAAGAGCAUCUUGGCAUUCUUGGUCCUGUUAUUAGAGCCGAAGUGGAUGACGUUAUCCAAGUUCGUUUUAAAAAUUUAGCAUCCAGGCCAUAUUCUCUUCAUGCCCACGGACUUUCCUAUGAAAAAUCAUCAGAGGGAAAGACGUAUGAAGAUGACUCUCCCGAAUGGUUCAAGGAAGAUAAUGCUGUCCCGCCCAACAGCAGUUACACCUACGUAUGGCAUGCGACGGGGCGAUCGGGGCCAGAAAGCCCUGGCUCUGCCUGUCGAGCUUGGGCCUACUACUCAUCUGUGAACCCGGAAAAGGAUAUCCACUCGGGCUUGAUAGGUCCCCUGCUGAUCUGCCGAAAAGGAACGCUUGAUAAGAGCAACAUGCCAGUGGACAUGAGAGAAUUUGUCUUACUUUUCAUGGUCUUUGAUGAAAAGAAGAGCUGGUACUAUGAAAAGGAGCCCAAAAGGCCUUGGAGACUCGCAUCCUCAGAAGUAAAAAACUCCCAUGAGUUUCAUGCCAUUAACGGGAUGAUCUACAACCUGCCUGGCCUGAGAAUGUAUGAGCAGGAGUGGGUGAGGUUCCACCUGCUGAAUGUGGGCGGCUCCCAAGACAUUCACGUGGUUCACUUUCAUGGGCAGACCUUGCUGGAAAACGGCAAUCAACAGCACCAGCUCGGGGUGUGGCCCCUUCUGCCUGGUGCAUUCAAAACUCUUGAAAUGAAAGCAUCAAAACCUGGCUGGUGGCUCCUAAAUACCGAGGUUGGAGAAAAUCAGAGAGCAGGGAUGCAAACGCCAUUUCUUGUCAUAGACAAAGGUAUCACUUGAGAGUCAUGCAAUUUUUUUUUAAGCAGGAGAGUGUCUAAUACUAGAAUACUACUUUUUUAACUUUUUAUUAAAUUAUAUCUGUGUGCAUUAAUGCAUUUAUGGGGUAAAAUGUGCUGAGUGGAUUCCACAAUGUGGAAUGCGUACAUCAAACUGGUUAACGUAACCAUCACCUCACUUAUUUGU